UCGUAGAUGAAUAUUUUCUUGAGGGAGGGAGAGAGAGAAAAGCCAGACGUCUCUCUCCACAAGAGCUAACUAUGUAUAUGAAGGUGGCUUCUAACCCACAAAAUAGAUUCCAGAUCCAAUCUUAGAUUGCAGAAUAAGGGAAAGCAGUGUUCACACCAACCUCUAAAAUCUUCUUUUUCACGAACCCAAAAGUGUUUUUGUUGAAGUAGUAGUAUAAGCCAUCUUUCAAGUAACAUUGUUGAACUUUUAACACCUCUUCCUUUUAUUUUCGGGCAAACUCACUAGCCAGAGUUCCAUAAAAAGCGGCUAUUUUUCCGUCAUUUCACAGCAUUUCCAGAAGAAGUUGGAGGCUUGGUGAAGCUCAGGUUUUCGUGUGAGGUUUAAGGAUAGCCAUCAUGUUCAGGCUAUCGCCUCGUAGGAACCAGAGGAAUAAAGGAUUUAAGGUUAAGCAUGCUCUGCAAAUAUGUCUACUGCUUGGUAUCUGCAUCUGGCUGCUUUACCAAGUCCAGCACUCCCAUAAAAAGGCUGCAUCCUAUGGAGCAACCACAAACAUCUCACAGAAAGAACAGAAUGGGAAUGAUCUUAAUUUCGGGAGAAAGGGCCUCCUACCUCGAGAAACCAAGCCUGAGGGGCAUGAACAUUAUCAAGAGAAGGGAGAGGAAGAUGAGCACAGAGGGGAUCUUGUAGAUGGAGAUAAGGAAACAGAAGAAAGCAAAGAGAAUGAGACAAAAGAAGAAGAGAGGGAACACAAAAUAGAGAAGGAAAACGAAAAAAAGGAGAUGAAAGAAGAGGAGGCAGAAGAGAACAGAGAGAAGGAAAGCACAGAGGGUGAUGAAGUGAGGGAAAAUGAAGAAAAUGGGAGUGGUGAGAAUAAAAAGGUGGAAGGCAAAGAGAAAGAAAGUAAAGAGGAGGAGACAGAAGGAAGCAAAGAAGAGCAUAGUGGAGGGGAGAUUGAACAAAAUAAAGAGAAGGAACUCUUAGAGAAGGAGAGGGAAGAAGAAAAUGGGGAGGGCAAAGAAAAGGAAAGUGAAGACAUGGAUAUCAAAGUAGAAGAGGAGAAAAGCAAAGAGAAUGGAACUGAAGAGACCAGGGGACAAGAAAUUGAAAAUAAGGACACUGAAGAUAGGGAAGCUAAGGAUGGAGAGAGGAACCAGAGCCAAGGGACUGAGGGUGAAGAAAAAAAGAGGAAGGAGAGCAAAACAAAUAAGACUAAAGAAAAAGAGAAGGAAGAUGGCAAAGAAAAUGAGAGUAAGACUGAGGAUUCAGGUUCAUCAGACGGACAGGUUCACGAUGCAAGUGACAGUAACUAUGAAGGUGCAAAAGAGAAAAAUCACGAGGGAGAGAAUUCUUCCAGUGAAGUGGUUCAGGAUUCCCAAAAUAUGACCGAAACUGAGAAAGGAAGUAUGGAUAACUCUAAUGAGAAUCAGCAAAACAAGAACUGGGAGCAGAAUGAGUUCGAGGGGAACAGUACCAUUAGCAGUUGGGUGACCAAGGUAAAUCAGAAUGAGUCUGGCUCAAAUGUGAGAGAAAGCAAGACAACUCAGAACAAUGAUUCUUCCAAUUUGAUGGUCAAUGAGGGGAAGGAUAACAAGACCAAUCUACUGGAGAUGGUGGAAGGCUCCAAUUCUAGUACAGCUGGGACAGCCGAAUCUAAUGAACAACAUGAAGAGAAUGGUGAUGCUACUCCAUAUGAAAACAAAACAUUUGAUAGCACAGUUCCUAAUGGAGAGAAGACACAUACUGUUUCAGAGGAGCAAACCAACAAUAUUGACACCGUGGUCAGUGUUGAGAGAUCAGAUUCGAAUUUAACUUCUUUUGCAACAACUGAGAAUGUGGACUCACCGAAUGUAGAAUACAGGGAUUCUUCUAAUAAUAUUGAAUCUCUUGUUGUGGAUGGACAGAACAUCAACUCAAAUGCAUCUGCAAAAACAGAGAAUGUUUCUGUAAGUUCAAGUGGGAAUGAGAAUACUGACACAGUUCUGAGCCAGAAGUCCGAUACCAAUUCUGAAACAGGAGCAGAAGGAAAGGGUAAGUCCUCCAGGGCAGAUGAGAAUGCAGAGUCAGAUGAAAACAAAUCAGUUGAUUCUUCCAAUUCUUUGGUUCCUACAGAUGAGAAAGAAUCAUUUUCAAUCACAAAUGAAAACAUUGAAGCUGGACAGCAUGAUCAAGUUGAACCGUCCAGCUCUUCGAUUCCCCAAGAAGAGAAAGAAGCUCGCACUGACUUGGGAACAUUGCCAGAGACCGGAACUGGCGGGAGCAACCAUGAAGAUGCAGUAGCAAAGUGAAAUUCUAAUGAGUUGGUUUCUCCAGCCAUUAAUACUGAUCAAGGUAUUUAUUUUAGAUCAUUGAUUUCUCAUUUUGUGUAAUUGCAAAGGUUUGUGUGAAGUUCAGUUCUUACUACUCAUUUUCUAUGUCAUUCAGGUAAAUAAAGUAGGCAUACAAUCAAACCAGAUGUUUAUCAGUCUCUCGUGCUCCUUGUAUUAAUGGAGUCACCAUAAGAAGGAAAUGAUUUUGGAU